AGCAGUGCUCCUCUCAAUUGUUGCAUUUAAACCAAUAAGGUUAGAACAAGAGAAUAGCUGUGGUUUGCGUUGCAAAAACAAAAAAAAAGCCCCGAGGCUCCACGGGCAGACCUACAAGGCUGCGCAAACAAAUCGAGGGAUGAGAUUCUGCCGUUUCUUUGUCUAGGGUUCUCAGAUGCUAUCUGCCGCCGCUGUUUGGUGGGGAAAGAGCGCAGGGCUCGCAGCGGCUCCUAAACAGAUCGGUGGGAGCUGAUGGCUCCGAGUUUGGGGCGAGGUAGAAACUCUCCAGUGCCACUUCCGACUUUAAGCCUUCCUGUUGCCGUCCACUGUGGCGGUUUUCUUGCUGGGGAAAGCGUUCUCGCUCAGUCGCUCGGCAGCCCGAGCCUGCAGCAGCGGCCAGGCGGCCGUCCCCGCGGCCGGGCUUUCCCCUGCAGAGGCGCCCCGCUUCCAGCAGCGCGGGGCUCCGCUGGGAGCGCCUAAAAGCCCGCACGCGUCCUUUCCCGGGAGCAAACCUACUCAAGGAAUGGAGGUCUGCUAAACCAGAACGUUCGAGGGAGCACGUUAAAAACUGGUGGACGCAGCAGAUGUAAGCGCUGUGCAAACAUCUCAAACCAGUUCAGAUGUUGCUGUUUCCUCAAGUUGCAGGUCUAUGGAAAUGCAGGAUCUAACCAGCCCGCAUAGCCGUCUGAGUGGUAGUAGUGAAUCCCCCAGUGGUCCCAAACUCGAUAACUCUCAUAGAGAUAGUAAUUCCAUGACUCCCAAUGGCACCGAAGUUAAAACAGAGCCAAUGAGCAGCAGUGAAAUAGUUUCAACAACAGCAGACGGGUCUUUAGACAAUUUCUCAGGUUCAGCAAUUGGGAGCAGUAGCUUCAGCCCAAGACCAACUCACCAGUUCUCCCCACCACAGAUUUACCCUUCCAACAGACCAUACCCACAUAUUCUCCCUACCCCUUCCUCACAAACUAUGGCUGCAUAUGGGCAAACACAGUUUACCACAGGAAUGCAACAAGCCACAGCAUAUGUCACAUACCCACAGCCGGGACAGCCGUACGGAAUUUCCUCAUAUGGUGCAUUGUGGGCAGGCAUCAAGACUGAAGGUGGAUUGUCACAGUCUCAGUCACCGGGACAGACGGGAUUUCUCAGCUAUGGCACAAGCUUUGGUACGCCUCAACCUGGACAGGCACCGUAUAGUUACCAGAUGCAAGGUAGCAGUUUUACAACAUCGUCAGGAUUAUAUACAGGAAAUAAUUCACUCACAAAUUCCUCUGGAUUUAACAGUUCACAGCAGGACUAUCCGACUUAUCCCAGUUUCGGCCAGGGUCAGUACGCACAGUAUUAUAACAGCUCACCGUACCCAGCACAUUAUAUGACGAGCAGCAGCACCAGCCCAACCACGCCGUCCACGAAUGCCACUUACCAGCUUCAAGAGCCACCAUCUGGCAUCACCAGCCAGGCAGUCACGGAUCCCGCAGCAGAGUACAGUACGAUCCACAGCCCAUCAACACCCAUUAAAGAUUCAGACUCCGAUCGAUUGCGUCGAGGUUCAGAUGGGAAGUCACGUGGACGGGGCCGAAGAAACAAUAAUCCUUCACCUCCCCCAGAUUCUGACCUUGAGAGGGUGUUCAUCUGGGACUUGGACGAGACAAUCAUUGUUUUCCAUUCCUUGCUUACUGGGUCCUAUGCCAACAGAUAUGGGAGGGAUCCACCUACAUCAGUUUCCCUUGGACUGCGCAUGGAAGAAAUGAUUUUCAACUUGGCAGACACACAUCUAUUUUUCAACGACUUAGAAGAAUGUGACCAAGUUCAUAUAGAUGAUGUGUCUUCAGAUGAUAAUGGGCAAGACCUGAGCACAUAUAACUUUGGAACAGAUGGCUUUCCUGCUGCAGCAACCAGUGCAAACUUGUGCUUGGCAACUGGUGUGCGGGGUGGUGUAGACUGGAUGAGAAAGUUGGCUUUCCGCUACAGACGAGUAAAAGAGAUCUACAAUACCUACAAAAAUAAUGUUGGAGGUCUGCUUGGUCCCACCAAGAGGGAAGCCUGGCUGCAGCUGAGGGCUGAGAUUGAAGCCCUGACGGACUCCUGGUUGACACUGGCCCUGAAAGCACUCACGCUCAUUCACUCCAGGACGAAUUGUGUGAAUAUUUUAGUAACAACUACUCAGCUUAUCCCAGCAUUGGCGAAAGUCCUGCUAUAUGGAUUAGGAAUUGUAUUUCCAAUAGAAAAUAUUUACAGUGCAACAAAAAUAGGCAAGGAAAGCUGUUUUGAGAGGAUAAUUCAAAGGUUUGGAAGAAAAGUGGUGUACGUUGUUAUAGGAGAUGGUGUGGAAGAAGAACAAGGGGCAAAAAAGCACGCCAUGCCCUUCUGGAGGAUCUCCAGCCACUCGGACCUCAUGGCCCUACAUCAUGCCUUGGAACUGGAGUACCUGUAACAGCCACCUAGCACUUUGAAGCCGCACAACUGCCCUGCGACUAGGAACAAACCCAGCAGGCCUGUGUCCUGUGUCCGCGCUGGGAUACCCGACUUCGCGAUUGCAACUCGUUGACGCACAGCUGCUGUCGGUCUUCACCUCUGCCCUUGUGGUCAACGAAGGGCCACACCUAUUUCUUCAGAACAGCUGUUGACUCUAGUACUGUGAAGCCAAUGAAAAUAAGCCAUGAGAAUGUUCUAGUACAGUGUAAUGCGGCUUUGCCGCAUUAACUACAUGGUUCAAACCUGUGAAGAAAGGACCUGCAAACGCUUACGUUUUUCGCAUCUUCAAUGUGACGUAAAGAGCUUCUCCGAUACAGCAAACUUGAUUGCACAACAAAGACUGAAAUGUGUUCCCUGAAGACUGGCGAGGGGAUUUUUCUUGUAAAGAAAGUUUACUUUUUGGUGUCUCAUACCCAGGGUAACCUGUACAUCUCUACUUAUUUAUGAACAGACUUUAAAAAAAAAAACAACAGCUUUAUGGAGGUAUGACUCAAGCACCGUCCAGUUCACUCGGCCAGACUUUUUUGACAGCAAAUAAUUGAAGAGACAAUAUAACACAAGCGAUUAAAGGCCUUUGCCUCACGACACAGCAAGUACUUUGAAUUUUAGCACAUUGCAAAGUAGUUUAAAGUAUGUCUAAUUUAAACGUGUAAUAUGUACAUCACUGAGACAAUCAUGUACAGAGAGAAUUUUGGGUGUAAAUUUGUAAUAAUGGAUGAUUCUUUUACAUAUCGUUUAGAAAAUGAUAUUGAAAGGUAGCGAUGCCUUGAUCGUGAAGUAAGAGGCAGUAUGUGCACAAAGUCAUGCGCGGUGCCUUAUCGACGUACUGGUUAUAAAUAUGUAGAUAAUGGAUUUUUUUUUUUUUUUUUAGAUAAUGUUGUCAAGACCAAAAGCAUGGAUGUUAAUAGGAUUUUGUUUUCCAAAUUGUUCUUUCCAUCAUCAUUUUUUUUUAAUGCUGUUAGGAGGACCUUGGUAAAAUAACACAGCGGUGUCUUAAAUCAUUUCAAAAAAUAAAAAACAAAGUUCCUCCUACCACCUCACCUUUUCAUUUUCAACACUAAUGUAUUAUAUGUAACUACUUGAAAAAAAAUGAUUAUACAAAUGCUUCUUCCCACAGAAAGAAUGUAGAUGAUUGAUAGAUAUAUUUUAUUAAUAAGAUGGCUCAUGAAUUGGAGACUAGCAAACUUUUGUGUGCUCAGACGAUAGGGUCUGCAUCUUCUUGAUUAGAUAAAGGAGGACAUUACCACGUCUCUAGAAAUGAGCAAAACUUUUUGAUUGUUGCUUCUGUUUUCCUCCACACCUUUCCCCGAUCCCCACCCUCCCUGGAAAGUUCAUUGCGGGCAGUGGACGUGGCCCGAUCGUCCUCACGGAGGUGAUUAUUAACCUACAGUGUGUAUAAAGCAUAAAGCUGGGAAAUAAAAAUUGUCACCUUUGUUAUGUGAUAAGACAGUUUCUCCAACAGUGAUGAGUUUGGGCACUAAAGACUUCCAUUAUUAUGACAUUUUUUAGAUGAACUUUAUUGGGGGGAAAAAAAACACCAGCUUUAACCCAAAGUAGCUAAAGAGCUACUGUAUCUUUUUCUGAAGUUUCAUGCUGCUGCUAGAAUUAGUCACUCGUGAAUUUUCCAAACUGCUUAAAUUAAUCGAAUUUGGGUUUUUCUUUUUUGCUUGCAACAAACAGAAGUUGACAAUUUUUUAGCCUUUCCAUUUUAUGUUUUUGUACUCUGCAGAUUGGAAAGACAAAGUUUAUCUUGGCUUUACUGUAUAAAGGUGUGUUGUGUCCACAAUCGUGUACAGACUUUUUCUUCAAUAAUUUUGUGUUUAAGUUAAUAAAAUUGAUUUGUGAUGUACUGUAA